AAGAAAAGCAGGUCGGAACUAAAGCGGCGGGAAACAGCGCGACGGGGUGUUUUCGCCGUGACACAAAACGUCAUCGAUUUGGAGCAUUCAUAUUAUAUCAACUGGCCAAGCUUUGUUGUAAUGGAAGAAGGAGCGGUGACAGGCGUCGACCUCAGCAGGAAGUUUGUGUCGGAAUCUGAGCUUGAUGAGAAGAGGAAGAAGAGACAGGAGGAAUGGGAAAAAGUUAGAAAACCUGAUGACCCAGAGGAGGCUCCAGAGGAGGCGUAUGACUCACGUUCCCUCUUUGAGCGAUUGCAGGAGCAGAAAGACAAGAAACAGGAGGAAUACGAUGAGCAAUUUAAAUUCAGAAACAUGGUUAGGGGAUUGGACGAGGAGGAGACCAGCUUUCUGGACGAGGUCUCCCGGCAACAGUGCCUGGUGGAGAAGCAACGCAGAGAUGAGGAGAAACAAGAACUUUUGGAAUACAGAUGUCACAGCGCUGUAGUGAAGCAGGCGGCCACCAGAGAGCCUGAAAAGAAGGCGGCCGCCAAACCUUCGGGGGCGGAGCAAAAGACCAGCCAUCUGUCUCAGGCCCAUUUAUUGGCUGGAGCUGUGAAGAGACGCAGUUCCUCACAGUCUUCAGAGAGCAAUAAGAAACAGAAGGUGGAAAUCUCCAAAACGGCAACGGCAGGAAACGGAGACAGACACACAGGUGGGUUGCACCCUGAGGCUUUCAAAGAACAGGAGGAUGGAGCAGGAGCUGCAGGAGGAGCUAAAGAUCAACAAACCGCCCUCAGCUUGACGGCGAAGACCACCGCGGAUCCCACAAGCGCCGGUCAAGGCGUGUUACACCUGCCGUCAGCAGCCGUGUGUGUGGGCGUUUUACCGGGACUCUGGGUUUAUUCCGGCAGCAGCGACUCUGACAGCAGCUCGGACAGCGAAGGUAGCGUGGAUGCAAUCAUGUUGCCAUAUCCUCGGAACAGCAGGGCCUACAGAUAGACAGACACCAGCAUCCUCAUAAGCACACACACACACACACACACAAGUGAAGUACGGCUGUGCAGCUGUAGAAUAGCUUGCAAAUAGUCAGGAAAUGAAUCUUUACACCAGAUAUACACACUUACAGAUAUAUUUAAAGGUCCCACAUACACACUUAUAAAGGUACCUGCAGGCCGCAUGAGUUCCUAUCAUGUUAGAGUCAUACAUCAGCCACAUGCACACCACACUAAAAGGAUUAGUAUUCCAGUUGUUUUCACAAGGCAUUUGAAAGGUUGUUUUUGUCAUCAGGCAAAGUUCAACCGGGAAAUAUAAGCUUGAUAAAUCGUAACAUUAAGACCAUUUUAAACUACUUUGAACUUAAUCCUUGUAUCUAAUUGUUUUUUCUUGGUAUUGUGGCACUCAAACAUGAUACUUCCACCCUUCCUUCCCUCAAUCACAUCUCACACAGUUUAAGCCGAGCAACCAAUCCCGCACUGACUACCCUGACGACAUCCUGCCCCCCCUCCCUUCCCUCCCCAUCACCAAACCCUUCUCCCAACCCAAGCCACAGCGACUGCAAGCUGUGCGGUUGGCUGAGGGGAAAGUGAUUGACAUCUGUGGAGCAAGGAAGAGGCUGCUUUAGACUGUCCAAUGACUUAAGGCCUUUUAGAAAUCCACAACAAGGAGAGAGCCGACGCAGGACGCGCUUCGCUCUCCGCUUGGGUUAAAUGCAAAGUCUGAAUGGUUUGAAAAAAGAAAAAAAAACUUUUAUUUUUGUGAUGUAAUGUCUUUUGUCAUCAGUAGUUUGUUUUAAAGUCGCAUUGUGCUGGAAAGAUGCAGAACUUUUAGCUGAGACGUUGGAGCUUUUGUUGGUUGAAGUCUGAGAAACGUGAAAUAAAGAGCUGCCCCUUGUA